GUCUACGUCUUCUACGUCGCCUAGCUACGUAGAGCAAAGAGGUAGAAACAACACAAUGAUGUUGUACUCCAAUAUCAUUUCAAUAUACAAUUCAGUUGAUUUAUUUCGAGUGUGCUCGCGCUUUAAAUGAGCUGAUAGAUAGAUUAGAUACACUCUUUUAAAUACAAAUGUUUCCUCUAGUUUACUUUUUUUGGACACAAACAACAGCAAAACGUGAUCUAAAAUAUGUUAUAUAGUUGUUGUUUUUAUAUUGUUUUCAUUUCCCCCAUUUCGUGUGUGUGUGUGUGUGUGUAACCGAACGGAUUAUCGAUCAACAAAAACACCGCGUGUUUAAUCACGUUCGUGUUUAAUCGCAACGCCAUUUACGCUUUUGACGCAAGUAAAUACGAGACACAAUCCAAUGUCUCGAAGUGCUUGCGGACGCAAGAGACGAUCUUUGCGCCCGGUCAGAUGACGUAGGAAUGCGCUGGUUACAAAACAUAUAUACAUAGGCAAACAAGACGGCAGAAUCCUAAUGUCAUUUCAUAGAAGACGCAUAGAAGAUAAUUCGUCUUUGACUUAGUUUGAUCUGAAUGUAACAGCCAAUGGAUCCUGGUCCAGGUGCAGCUCCCAUCCAGACCGACUGUGAGACAGAGUCUUGUGACAAAGUCAUGGAGCACUGCACCUCCUCCAGAGUCUCCUGGUUGCUUCUCUGAUUGACGCUGCCAAUAUAUGACCUGUCAAGUUCACUCUGGAGCUGGUGGCCCUCCUGGCGUCCGACCUCCAUGUCCCUGUUGAAGACUACAGAGUCUAAGAUUCUUGCCUGUAUUAAGAAUGAUUUAUGGGCCAGGUUUGUGACCCUCGCCAACCAGGACCGCAUAUGGACUCUGUCUCUUACCAACAAGGGGACUCCCAAAUCUGCAGAACAAGCACCUAAAACUCCCCUGGUGAUGGUUCAUGGUUUUGGAGGAGGGGUAGGGCUGUGGAUCAGGAACUUGGACGCCCUGAGCCGCUCGCGGACCGUCUACGCCUUUGACCUUUUGGGCUUUGGCAGGAGUUCGAGGCCUAGCUUCCCGUCAGAUGCUGCCAAGGCAGAGGAGCAGUUUGUGGACUCCAUUGAGCAGUGGAGGCAGGCUGUUGGUCUGGAGAACAUGAUCCUGCUGGGGCACAGUUUGGGGGGCUACCUGGCUACCUCAUACGCAAUUCAGCACCCUUCCAGAGUGUCGCACCUUAUCUUGGUGGACCCCUGGGGUUUCCCUGAGCGAACCAAACCAGAGACCCAGCAGAGCGAGGAUCAGGGCGCUGAGGCGGUGAAGAGGCCCACCAUUCCCAGAUGGGCAAGAGCCAUCGUCUCGAUUCUUUCUCUCUUCAACCCGCUGGCUGUUAUUAGAGCUGCAGGCCCAUGGGGCCCAGGCUUGGUGAACAGGUUCCGCCCCGAUUUCAAAAGGAAGUUCGAGGAUCUCUUUGAUGACGACACAAUGACGCAGUACAUUUACCACUGUAACGCACAGACUCCGAGUGGGGAGGUAGGUUUCCGGGCUAUGUCAGAAACGCUAGGCUGGGCUAAGAGACCAAUGCUGCAGCGAGUACAUCUUCUGCCGCCCUCCAUGCCCGUCACCAUGCUGUAUGGAGCUAGAUCCUGGGUGGACAGCUCAUCUGGGGACAGAGCAGCCGAGAUCAGGGGAAAAGCCCACACCAAAGUGCUGCUGGUAGACGACGCCUCACACCACGUCUACGCUGAUCAGCCAGACGACUUCAACAAAGUGGUAGAAAACAUUUGUAAAUCUGUAGACUGAUGGCAUGUGUGUGUCUGCAAAAGACCGGAGGUUCUGCGUUGCAUCUGCACAAGUCGCCGAGGCGGACUCGGCCCCGGAGCCUGUGCAUGCGAAGCACUCUUGAGUUGUUCUGUUUUGAGGCAUUUGAAUGAAUCUGAAUGUAAUUCUGCUGUCUUUCUUUCGUUUUUAUUUAUUCCCAUAAAUAGUUCUUUUGCUCAUA